AUGGCCGCCGGCGAGAGGAAGGAGGCGGGGGCGGCGCCAUUGCUGCCUAGGGAGAGGAGGGUGUGCAAGGAGGGGUGCCCCGGGUGCAGGCUGGACCAGAUCAACAAGACCAACACCGGCGUCCCCUACCUCAACUUCUUCUACGUCUGGGUCAUCUGCCUCUGCGCCGCGCUGCCGAUCCAGUCACUAUUUCCCUACCUAUACUUCAUGAUUAGGGACUUGAAAGUCGCAAAGCAACAACAAGACAUCGGGUUCUAUGCUGGUUUUGUCGGGGCUGCAUAUUUCCUUGGAAGAACCAUUAGUGCUGUGCCAUGGGGCAUGUUUGCUGACAAAUAUGGGAGGAAGCCUUGCAUUGUGAUUAGUAUCCUCUCAAUCAUUGUAUUUAACACCCUCUUCGGCCUUAGCACGACAUACUGGAUGGCAAUUGUUACUAGGGGGCUACUUGGGUUACUCUGUGGUAUAUUAGGACCAAUCAAGGCCUAUGCCUUAGAAGUCUGCAGAAAAGAGCACCAAGCUCUAGGAAUUUCUCUGGUUACAUCUUCGCGAGCAAUAGCUCUUAUUAUUGGGCCAGCCAUUGGAGGAUUUCUUGCACAACCUGCAAAGAAGUACCCAAAUCUUUUCUCUGAGGAAUCCAUAUUUGGAAGGCAUCCAUAUUUCCUCCCUUGCUUCGCCAUAUCGGGUCUAGCGGCAGGAGCAUGUGUUGCAUGCAUUUGGCUUCCGGAAACUCUGCACCUUUGUCAUGAUGAAAAAAUAGAAGCCGUUGACACAAUGCGCACACAAGUUGCUGAUUUGACCUUAGAAGAUGGAAAAGUUAAACAAUCUGGACCUGGCAGAAUGUCAUCUACAAUGAGCCUGCUAAAGAAUAGGCAGUUGAUGUCAGGAAUAACCCUCUAUUGUGUCUUCUCUCUUCACGAUACAGCUUAUCUUGAGAUAUUUUCACUCUGGGCGGUAAGCAGUAGAAAAUAUCGGGGACUGAGUUUGACAUCUCAGGAUGUUGGCACUGUGCUAGCUAUCUCGGGUUUUGGUGUUUUGGUGUAUCAACUUGUGAUUUACCCACUCCUUGCCAAGUAUGCUGGGUUAAUCAAGGCAUUCCGUUCUGCAACGGUAUUAUCUAUACUUCUGCUUGCAACAUACCCAUUCAUGCGCAGUCUAAAUGGUGUGGAGCUCAAAGUACUCAUCGUCAUAGCUUCGCUUCUGAAGAAUAUGUUUUCGGCUACGAUUACUAUUGCAUGUAACAUUCUACAAAACACAGCAGUGACACAAGAACAAAGGGGUGUUGCCAAUGGUAUCUCCGUGACUCUGAUGUCUGUCUUUAAAGCAGUAGCUCCAGCAGCAGCGGGAAUUUUGUUUUCAUGGGCUCAGAAGAAUAUAACUGGUUUGUUCUUACCAGGUGAUCAGAUCUUGUUCUUGAUGCUGAACAUGGUGUCAGUAAUUGGGCUCUUGCUGUCGUUCGAACCAUUUUUCUCUAUGCCGAGUGCGACUAAAUAA